AUGUCCGCGCCUCAAAUCCCAAACCUCAACACCCUUCGUCGGGGCGGUGGUAGAGGCCGCCUUAGAGGUCGUGGCGGCGGCAGCGGAGGCGCUCGAUUCGGUGAAGACAGCCAUGGAGGAGGCGGAGGGACUCGUGGCUCUGCAGCGGGCAAGGACCGUGUUGUGCAGAGCACAGAUAACGAUGCCAGUGUGUCCCGUCUGAGUGCUGUUGCACUGGGAUACCUAGAAGAUCCAUUUGCAAGGAUACUAUGUCCUGGAGAAGAAAUGAGAAGGCUGCCGAUCAUCAAUCGAGGAACCUACGUCCGAACCACUGCGAUUGAUCAUCUUGUUGCUCGCUUCUUGGAAGAAGAAAGAAACGAUGGAACGGAGACGAAGAAAAAACAGAUCGUCUCGCUAGGAGCCGGGUCCGAUACGCGGGUGUUCCGACUGCUGUCCCAUGCAAAGAAACAGCAACAGGCAGGACCAGGAUCAGACAGCCCGGACAUUGUGUACCAUGAGAUUGACUUUGCUGUCAACACGGCUUCCAAGAUCAAGGCGAUCCGCUCAUCACCACUUCUGCAGGAGAUACUGGGGCUUGGAGACGGAGGAGGGAAGGGCGUGUCAGUUUCCGACGCAGGGGAUGCGCUGCACUCUCCCUCAUAUCAUAUCCACCCCCUUGAUUUGCGGGCCCUGGCCCAGACGCAGGGACCCCCCACGUUUACUGCUGGUGCACAGGGACAGGAACACAAUCAGGGACGUCCAGACGUCAGGCUGCAGGGUGUUGACCCACAACUGCCUACAUUGCUGAUCUCGGAAUGUUGCCUGGUGUAUCUGUCGCCUAGCGAAGCGGUUGGCGUGCUUGGAUACUUUACGGACACGCUGUUUCCCGCCACGGCAGCUCGUUCGACGCCGCUGGGCGUUGUGCUGUAUGAGCCCAUCCGGCCGGACGACGCGUUUGGGCGGACGAUGGUCGCGAACCUGGCUGCCCGCGGCAUCCACCUGCAGACGCUGCAUCGGUAUGCGUCGCUUGGGGCCCAGCAGACGCGGCUGCGGGAGCAGGGGUUUGCGAGCGGGCAGGCUGCGGCGGAUAUAGACUUCAUUUGGGAGAAAUGGGUGAGCGAGGAAGAAAAGGACCGCGUCGCGGGACUGGAAAUGCUGGAUGAGAUGGAGGAGUGGCGUUUGCUCUCCAGGCACUACUGUAUUGCAUGGGGGUGGAGAGAGGGAAUUGAUACCCGGAUUUUUGACGGAUGGAGGCAGAUUGAAGGACAAAAGGAGUAA